AUGAUAGUAGUUGGUGAUGGUCUACACAAGUUUGUUGAUGGUUUGUCAGUAGGUGCAGCCUUCUCAGAUAAUCUACUGACUGGAAUGACUGUUGGUUUGUCCAUGAUUUGUGAGGAAAUCGCUCAUGAAAUAGGGGAUAUCGCUAUGUUGCUACAUGCUGGUCUCUCUAUUAAAAGAGCUUUAUUAUACAAUUCAAUAGCGGCAAUAUUUUGUUUUUUUGGUGUGGCUGUUGGUAUUAUACUAGGGGAAACAACCACCGCUAAUCAAUGGAUAUUUGCCUUUGCGGCUGGAAUAUUUUUAUAUGUAGCUCUUGUAGACAUGCUUCCAGAAAUGAGCAUGGCAGCUGAACUGGCCAUCGAAAAGCAUUCCAGUCCAUUUUUUAUAUCAUUAUUUCAAACUAUUGGUCUUGUUCUAGGAUUUUUCAUUAUACUUUUAGUGGCAAUGUAUGUUGGUGAAAUUGAGUUAUAA